AUGACGAAUGUGAAAAACUGCAGCGAAUCCUAUGUAUUGUGUGCGUGCACCGAGUCGCACAGUUCAAUAGGAGCUACACAACCUCGAAUCGGAGGGGCAGUUACGGAUCAUGUCGACUCAACAUUCCUCCGCGUUGAUCCAAUUGAUCAUCUAACUGGAGUGUGGAUCGCAAUCGACGAAGCUAGUGUCGAAAAUGGGUGUCUCUCAUUCAUUCCGGGAAGUCAUAAAGACUUUUCUUCGACGGAUCAUCGAUUUGUGAGGACCCACGACACUACCGGAGGACCCUUAUUGAAAUUUAUUGGAACCCAACCAACUUAUGAUCAAUCAAAAUUUGUGCCUGCGCCAAUUUCUAAAGGAUCAUUAAUCCUCAUCCAUGGAUUGGUUGUGCAUAAGAGCGAAGCGAAUACAUCGAACCAGAGCCGUCAUGCAUAUACAAUACACGUGAUGGAGAAGAAGAAUACUCGCUGGGACCCUGAUAAUUGGCUGCAGCCAACGAGCGAACAUCAGUUUCCAAAUCUCUACGAAUCUCAGUAG